ACCACAUACACAGACGCAAAUGGCUUAUGCUGCUGUAACUUCACUUAAAGGAACACUUCAUCUACACUUCUUGCAACCACAACCACGCUUGCCUCUUCAACACAAACAAGAGAUACUUAAUUCUCUCCAUGAAAAUCUUGGUUUCCUCCAAGAAGUUCUUGAGAAAUCUGAGAUCCCUUAUAAUAAUUCGGCGAUGAAAGAUUUAGAGGCAGAGAUGAGAGAUGUAGUGUUCAAAGCCGAAGAAAGGAUUGAGAUGGAGUUGAGUAACAUAUACCUUCAGUCAAGUAAUAUAGAAGCUUGCCUCCUUAGGCUUCAUGGAAUCUUCAAGCAAGCAGUAAAACAGACUGAUUACCUCAAGAAGAAGUUGAUUAAGAUUAAAAGUAAACACAAGUUUGCAAAGGGUCCAUCAAUCACUGGCGUUUCACUCCUUGGUUCAACAUCAUUGCAGCCUGCUAAUCCAGAACGCCAGAAUAAUAUUACUGUGAGUAAAUUUCCCAAAAGUGCUUCAAAGUUUGACAGUAGAAUGGUUGGAUGUGACAAGGAAUUCAAGACGAUAUUGGAUAAGCUGAUCACGCAACAAUCAGCUGAGCAGCUCCAAGUUGUAUCAAUCGUUGGCAUGGGAGGAAUAGGCAAGACCACUUUAGCUCGAAAAGUUUAUGAAUAUUCAUCUAUUACUUUACAUUUUGACAAACGAGCAUGGGUUACUGUAUCUCAAGAGUAUAACAAGGAACAAGUGCUCCAAUGCCUUAUUGGUUGUGUUAAUGCAGCAUCAAGAGAUGAACUUCAUGAACAGAGCAAUGAACUCCAUGAAAAGAGACAAAGAAAUUCCAAAGAAAAUCUGCGUAAACUGUUGAUGGGUCAGAGAUAUUUAAUAGUGAUGGAUGAUAUAUGGAGCAUAGAAGCCUGGGAUAGUGUGAAAGCAUGUUUUCCAGACGAUAAAAAUGGAAGUCGUAUACUAUUGACUUCUCGGCUCAGGGAGGUGGCUGAAUAUGCAAAUUUAGGUAACUCUACCAUUAACAUGCCUUUCUUAGAUGCCAAUGAAAGUUGGAAUCUCUACUGCAAUGUGUUUGGUAGAACAGAAUUUGUUUUGGUGUUUGAGCAAAUUGGUAGAGACAUAGUGAAGAAAUGUAAAGGAUUACCUCUAGCUAUUACUUUAGUAGCUAGUCUUCUCUCCAAGAUAGAGGAGAAGGUGGAAAAGUGGAAGAAUGUUGCAGAAAGUGUAAUUGGUGAUUCUAAUGAAGCAUGUUCAAGUAUACUAUCCUUGAGUUACAACCAAUUACCACAUCAUUCUAAAGCUUGCUUUCUAUAUUUUGGAGUCUUUCCCGAAGAUUAUGAAAUCCCUGUAAAGAAGUUAGUUAAGUUGUGGGCAGCAGAGGGAUUUUUCAGGGUAGUGAACAAUAAGAAUCUGGAGGAAGUAGCCACGGAAUGCUUGCACGAUCUUGUUGAUAGAAGUCUUGUUCUAGUUGGUAAACAGAGUUAUAAUGGCAAAAUCAAGACAAUUAGAAUGCAUGAUCUCUUGCGAGACUUGUGCUUAAGAGAAGCUCGAUGUGAAAAUCUCUUGAAUGUCAUUGGAAAUGAUUAUCUUUGUGCUGUUGCUGGACUAGUAAAACUUCCAUUUUACAAGAGGAAAUCACAACACUUGUCUUCAAAAGCUUGUCCUUGGAUAACAUUAAUGAGCUUUGUCACUUCAAACUAUUAA